AUGCUGCGGAUCCUGUGUCUGGCACUCUGCAGCCUGCUGACCGGCACACGAGCUGACCCUGGGGCGCUGCUGCGGUUGGGCAUGGACGUCAUGAACCGAGAGGUCCAGAGUGCCAUGGAUGAGAGUCACAUCCUGGAGAAGAUGGCAGCUGAGGCAGGCAAGAAACAGCCGGGCAUGAAACCGAUCAAGGGCAUCACCAAUUUGAAGGUGAAGGAUGUCCAGCUGCCCGUCAUCACACUGAACUUUGUACCUGGAGUGGGCAUCUUCCAGUGUGUGGCCACAGGCAUGACCAUCACUGGCAAGAGCUUCAUGGGAGGGAACAUGGAGAUCAUCGUGGUCCUGAACAUCACAGCCACCAACCGGCUUCUGCAGGACGAGGAGACAGGCCUCCCCAUGUUCAAGAGCGAGGGCUGUGAGGUCAUCCUGGUCAACGUGAAGACCAACCUGCCUAGCAACAUGCUGCCCAAGGUGGUCAACAAGUUCCUGGACAGCACCCUGCACAAAGUCCUCCCUGGCCUGAUGUGUCCAGCCAUCGAUGCGGUCCUGGUGUAUGUGAACAGGAAGUGGGCCAACCUGAAUGACCCUAUGCCCGUGGGCCAGACGGGCACUGUCAAGUAUGUCCUGACGUCCACACCUGUCACCACGGCCAGCUACAUCCAAGUGGGCUUUAGUCCUGUGGUGCAGCAGCAAAAGGGCAAAGCCAUCAAGCUUGCUGACGCUGGGGACGCCCUCCAGUUCCCCGAGGGUUAUGCUGAAGGCUCGUCACAGCUGCUGCUCUCGGCCGCCUUCCUCACGGCGGAGCUCGCCCUGCUGCAGACGUCCUUCGAUGCCGACAUUCGGGAUACGAUGAUUGGUGAGCUGCCCCCACAAACCACUGUGACGCUGGCUGGCUUCAUCCCUGCAGUGGCUGAGGCCUACCCCAAGUCGAAGCCCUUGGUGACCCAGAUCAGGAUAAACAAGCCUCCCAAGCUCACCAUGAAUCCCGGCAAGAGCCUGCUUCACCUGCACGGCACCCUGGAGAUGUCAGCUGUCCGGCGGCGGGGCAAGGCUCUGGUGUCCCUCUUUGUCCUAGAAGCUCACUUCAAUCUGAAAGUCCAGUACUCAGUGCGUGAGAACCGGCUGCAGAUGGCCACCUCCCUGGACAGAUUACUGAGCCUUGCCCGGAAGUCCUCAUCGAUUGGCCACUUCAAUGAGAAGGAACUAACUGGCUUCAUCACCGAUUAUCUCCAAGAAGCCUACGCCCCAGUUGUCAAUGAUGCGCUCCAAGUUGGGCUGCCACUCCCGGACUUUCUGGCUGUGAAUUACAACCUGGCUCAGCUGGACGUAGUGGAGAACGCCUUGGUGCUGGACUUGAAGCUGGACUGA